AUGAUCGACUUUUGUCUUGGUUCGCGUAUCAGAUUCUUUCUGUUUAAGAAAGAGGAACCUGUUCGUGAUUUGAAAUGUGAUGAUGAUUGGUUUGCUGAUGCGCUCAAGGUCGCGAGUUCGAGUCCUGCCAAUAAUAAUAAUAAUAAUAAUACCAAUAAUAAUAGUAAUGAUUCUUCGUCGUCGGCGCCGGAAUCGAUUGUUUUGGAGAGUAGUUCGUCGUUUGGGUCAAAUAGUUCGUCUUCGAAUUCUCCCGGGAAGAAUAAUAAAGUGGGUGUUGCGGAUGAUUUUAAGGUGGUUUUGCCUUCUGUUGAUUCUCUGGGAAGUGACUGCAGCAUUCCCAGCCCAAACUUCAGCCAGCAAGGAAUUGUGUAUCAAGACGCAUCAGGAUUUUUUGACUCUAAUCCUGCUUCUGUGAACCCUGUUGAGACUGAAAGCAAUGCUUCUGAUCGUUCUCCUCGGAGUGAUAUUCUGACUUCUGUUCAGGUUUCUGGUUAUAUGGUAUCUAAACCAAUGGGUAAACCUCAGCACCAGUCCCCACCUCAGCCACCAUCACUAGCAACAGCAACGCCACAUUACAUUCACUAUGCUGCUCCUCAAUCCAAUUAUGCUCCCCAAUAUUACCCAAAUUCUAUACCUGUUGCAUCUUAUACUCCAAUGUAUCCAACUUAUGUCCAACCACAUCAACCUGUCCAAUAUCAGCUAAAUAAGCCAUACCCAGUCUACAUGAUGCCUAUGGGGCAAACACAAAAUCUGUAUGAUGCGUCUAUGCCUUGUACUAUGACAACUGCACCAAACGUUGCUAGGAGUCAACCCCAUGUGCCUUCAAAUCCUGUUGUGGUUUCACCCCGAUAAUUUAUGAAGGUUACAGUAAACCUGCUACUCCAGCAUCUGAAUAUGCUUCUGAAGUAUACAUGCCAACUGCAAUGGCAACCCAACCUGUGACUUUGCCUGCAGUGCAUCAACCAGCUCAGCCUGUUACUGUUCCUCCCAUUGAAAAAACUAAUAAUAUCAGUGAAUAUGAAGAUCCUAUGCAUGCCCAGAUAUACAAAACUCAACCUUCUGGUCUUAUAUUGCCUUCUCAGCUUCAAAUGGCACAAAGUGCAGCAACAGCGAUGCUUCCAGAAAGUUUCACUCAGUUACAGUUGGAGAGUACUAAACAUUGAGGAUUCUGACCAACGGAAAAGUGCUGCUUCGAAAAACAGUUUUGAGUAAGAAACAUAGAGUUCAACAGUGUAAUUUCAUUUUCCCUGCUUUUCCUCCACUUUUCUUUUUGUAUUGCAGUAUAUCGUCUUGUUGCUCUAAUACAUGUUUGUUUAGUAUACAUAUUUUUGACCUUUUUUUUUCUUACUUUUUUUAUAUUCACAAGCUUAAUCAAAGAAAAGGUGCUUUUUCUGUAAGCAUUGUGGUUCUGAUUAUGUAACAUUUUGGUGAAGUAAUGUAUAAGUAUUUGCUGUUAUCUUGGA